GAAUGCAAUCCAAGCAGAUCACCGUUUGCAGGCCUCGCCUUCAGAGGGCAGUGCCGUGAUUGAUCCACCACCCUCAGGGUUUGGUUUUGGUGUGUGCGUCAGCGAGUCGUGUCCAGUCCGAGCAGCCGAGUGUGUGUGUGUGUGUUUUCUAGAAUUCUUCCUUAGAAUUGUGUGGUGCGUCUUUUUUGGUGAUACUGUGUGCAAUUGUAGUUUUGUGUAGCGGUUAGUUUGCUUGUUCAAGUGGGCGCUUUCGGUCGGCGUCAUGGCGGAUAGGGGACUGGACGUGGAGCUCAUAUCUGCUACCAAUUUGAAGAAGGUGAACAAGAGCAAGAUGCACGCCUACGUCGUGGCGUGGAUUGAUCCCAGCGUUCGAGUGCCAGGGCCCGUGGACAAGACCAAUGGCAGCAACCCCGUGUGGAAUUAUACCAUUACGAUGGCGCUUGAGGCUCGGACUCUGAGUCAGACUAUGCAUCUCAACCUCGAACUGCUGGGCCAAGGGUUCUUGUCCACCAAACCUAUCGGAAGCGUUGUGGUCCCUCUUGCGGAGCUCUUGCAGCGGGGCGCUUCGGGUUGCGCUGCAGUAGCUGAGUUCCCCGAGCAACCGGUUAUAUUGCCAUCUGGCGAGCCACAGGGCACUUUCAGCUUUGUGCUUCGUUUAAAGGAGAGCCCAGCCAUGCUUGCUGCUGCACAAUCUGCGCAAGCAACAGCUCUUUAAACUCCUGAAUAGGCGUUGUCAAUAUCAACCAGAUACUGUAACACAGUACAUAGUGCAACGUUAACAUCGACACCUUCGAGGUCACUUGUAGACUUAUAUUACAGGUUAGAUUCACAACAGUCGGUGGUAGAAUGCAAGCCAGGAUUGGACAUGUCCCUGUGUUGUAUAACAGUAACUUUAUGUCCUUGAUGCCCAGUGAUUUGGGACACAGUGGUUCACCUGGUUGAUUCAUUCAGAGCAUUGUCAGACAAUAGAUUUUAGAUAAAAGCUGACUAAUCCUCGGUCUACUCUUCAAAUGUACUAAGUUCUAGUCAUCCAUACCAUUAUGUGGACCAUUUCUCUUAGAGACCGAAGUGAUACACUUGCCUUAUUGAUUGUGUUUCUCCCUGCGGAGUCACAGUGAUUCCGUAUAAUCUGCAAUAAAAGUAGUGAAUAACAACUAGCGGAGUACAUAAG